AUGGCCUUUUUCCCUUCGGCCAAAUUUCCUACCAUCCAGACCCGUAAAGCCCUGCUGCUGAUAGACUUUCAAAAUGAGUUUGUCCGCCCUACCGGCAAUCUCCACGUUCCCAACACGGCCGAGAUUCUCGACAUUCUACCCCCUCUAGUGGCGGCAUUUCGUCAGUCUGGCGAUGUGAUCUGGGUUCGCUCACAAUAUGAGUCCCCCCAACCCCAGGAAGAUUGGAACUUUGGAGACAAGAUCAUCCUGGCAACCAAGCCGAGGAAGCCUGCCCGGCGUAGAGCGCCCUCGGAUGUGAUCGAGGUCGCCUCAGAUCGGGACACCCCAGAACCAGUGGACGCGGAAGCAUUUCUGUCAGACCAUGCGCCCAAGUGCUGCAUUGGACAGUCCGCCGGUUAUCAAUUUCCCGCGCCAGUGCUGUCCGCAAUCGAUCCUGGUCGCGAUACGGUCUUGGACAAGACGGGAUAUUCGGCGCUCGAGUCAGCUGGCCUCGUCUUGUCGUUUCGUACGCGGUUCAUCACAGAGCUAUACCUGUGCGGUUCACUGUCCAAUAUCUCUGUUUAUGCAACUGCGUUGGACGCGGUCCGAAACGGCUUCUCGGUGACCCUCGUCGAAGAUUGCCUGGGGUUUCGGGACUUUCGACGUCACCAGGAGGCCAUGCGUCGCAUGGCUGAUAUUCUGGGAGCCUCGGGUAUCACAGCACAAGAGCUCUGUCAAGAGCUAGAUUGGCAGGAGACUGAAGAGAUCGCGCAGCAAGAACGAAAAUCUAGGCCCGAAAAAUCAUCAAUCACGCCUGGGGACGCCGUUGGCAUUGAGGACAUCAUGCAUAGUCUCGAUGUGAUGCAAGAAGACACAGCCCUCGUCCACAGAGACGAUCGCACUCUCCAACCAUCAUCUGAUUUGCGGAGUUCAGGUGUGACUCCCCGGUCGUGUAGCCUUGGGAAGGAAACCGCAAGCAAGCCGCAAAUUCGCGCUCGCGUGCGCCGUCCGAAACGUCGGGAAUUGACCCCCGACACGGUCACUGAAGGGCCAGUCAUGAAAAAACCAACGCAAGAGACAUUGGGAGAGGGUGACUGUCGUCUUAUUCCGGAGAUCGACUUGUCUCGUGACGCCUUUGAGCGCAUUCGCAGGGAGGUAUCUUGGCAGAAGAUGUAUCAUCUCUCGGGCCAAGUGCCCCGACUUGUCGCUGUCCAGGGUCAGGUACAAGAGGAUGGAUCUAUCCCUAUCUAUCGACAUCCCGCCGACGAAUCUCCACUGUUGACAGCGUUUACACCAGCUGUGGAUGAGGCGCGCAUUUUGGUGGAGCGCAUUCUAGGUCAUCCCCUCAACCACGUUUUGAUUCAACUCUAUCGCGAUGGACAUGAUUCCAUAUCUGAACACUCGGACAAGACGUUGGAUAUUGUGCGCGGCUCGUUCAUUUGCAACGUCAGUCUGGGAGCUCAACGUGUGAUGACACUACGGGCCAAGGUCUCGGCCGCACAGGCCCAUGAGCGUACGGAAAGCAGUCGACAAAAGCAAGCUGUGCCUUUACCUCACCGGUCUCUGUUCAUUCUUGGCGAGAAGACCAAUAUGCGAUGGCUUCAUGGUAUUCGACCAGAUAAGCGCGCAGCAUCGACAAAGACCCCUGCGGAACAAGCCUUUGGUGGCGAGCGUAUCUCCUUGACGUUUCGACACAUUGGAACCUAUUUGCACCCGGAGACAAACACCAUCUGGGGCCAAGGAGCCGUAAGCAAAUCAUCCCAGUCGGCGCGGCCUGUUAUUCAUGGCAACGCCGCAGAGACGGAAAGACUUAUUCAUGCAUUUGGUCAAGAGAAUCGAGCAACCGAUUUUGACUGGAAUCAGUUCUAUGGUGCCGGCUUUGAUGUGGUAAACUUUGUGACAACAUCUCCCGCGCCAUUGAUUCUCAGCGGCGACCCCAUUUCAGAUCUACGCGUGCAGUUGGCUCUGGGCGAAAGUGGAAUUCGGUAUGGGGUUGUCGACAGCGCUGAAGUCUCUGCCUGCGAUCGUUCGGUUGAGCAAAGACCUUGUUUCGUUGAGUCUUCGGGUCGAAAAAUUGCUGGAGACUUGGCAAUUUUGAAAUUUCUGGCUCAACAACCUCCUGAGACGACUCGAACCGGUGUCGCGGUCCUACAAGGAGGCAGUCAACUGGAUUCGAUUGAGGGACUUUUGGUGCGCUGGCGGCAUCAUUGCGCCACCUCGUCCGGCCGAUCAUUUGAAUCUGAAUUGGAGGAGUGUGAGCGGGCGCUUGCGGAAAGGCAUUACCUAGGUGGGGCAUCACUGAGCAUUGCUGAUUGCUCCUUUUGGCCCAUACUACGCGACAUCAUGAGCAGGGAAGGGCCUUUGAGUGCUCAAUUUGUGAACCUUCAACAAUACCACGCACGCAUGGAGAAACGUGGUGUUGUCAGAGUCAUCCUUGGGUAG